AUGUCUGAUAGUACUUCGCAUCGCCGACCUCCCAAAUCAGAUAUUGUGAGAGACGCAAUCAUAUGGAGGAGAAAGAAGGUGGCGUUCACGGUUCUCGUCGUGUCAACCGCCACAUGGAUUUUGCUGGAUGUUUAUCAAUUCAACUUCCUUACUGUCGUUUCAUGGCUAUACAUGUCCAUUGUUAUUUUACUGUUCCUUUGGGGGAACAUAAGGAGACUUCUUGGAAAAGAAGAACAGAAGCUGUCUAGAUUGGAGCUUAGCGAGCAAUUUGACAUUGAGUUUGCAAAUUAUUGCCGAGAGCUUAUUGAAGAUACAAUAAGAUGGAUGUUUUGGGUGAGUGCUGAACGAGAAUGGUUUUUGUUCGUGAGGACGAUUGUUGCCUUGUGGUUUGUAGCCUACGUGGGAAGCUUCUUUGAUAUCUUAACACUUUUUUACCUAGGUGUCGUUGUGGGCAUGACGGUGCCGGCAAUUUAUGUGAAGAAUGAGGAGAGAAUAAACAAGGGGUGGGAAUGGAUGAAGGCGAAAUCAAAAAGAGUUUAUCAUAUGGUUGAUGAGAAGGUAAUUAUGAACAUGAAAAGGAAGCUUGUCAGAGAGCAUAAGAAGGAGAAGAAGAAGGAGUAG